AUACAACGAGGUAGAUACAUAGAGGUAGGAUGCCUACAAAGCAAGACCUCUCGGACUUGGUAAAAUUUUUGAAGUUAGUAGGCUUCUGGCCGUAUUUGGGCGACAGACCUAACAAGGUAAAGAGAUGGAUUCAGAUUUUUAGGUUGGUCAUCUUUGUCAAGUCGGUUUCAUUGUGGAUCCUCUCAGCUUAUAUAGUCGGAGCUGCCGAUUUCUUAAAGAAGAUCUACGCAGGAAUAGUCCUGUGUACCCCGUACAUGGUCAUACAGACGAUAUUCAUAUUCUGCAACGGCCAUCACCUCCAGUCUUUCGUGAGGAUGUUGGCGAAUACCCUUGCGAAGAGAAACGAACCGUGGCAGCAAGAGAUCCUCAACAGCUUGCUGAAUCCUCUUUGGAAGAUCAUCCGCAUCUCCACUUUCUAUUCUCUUCUUCUCCUCACAGUCGCUUUUUACGGUCCGAUACUCUACGACACACUCUCCACUAUUUUCAUGAACGCCGAGCCGCUCAACUUGAACGUCACUAUAGAUGGUCUGCUGCCUUCGGUCAAGAAGGGUAACUUCUUCUACUACUUUCUGCAAUGGUACAACGCGUUCCUCGAAGGGUUGGGUCUAGCCCACUUCAUCGGAUUGGUGUCCAUCCUACCUCUGUUGGUGAACUAUAUCAGGGUCGAAAUCAAAAUAUUGUGUAAGAAAAUUGAUGAGUACAGCAGGAAAGGGAACUCUGAAAAAGAAGCCUUACUUAGAGAAAUAAUAGAAGAUCAUAUCAAUAUAAUGAGGCUUACAGAGCUCACGAAUAAGUUCCUGGCCGCUCCCUUAAUCCUCCAGAACGUGGCAGCUGCAGCGGCCAUCACACUCUUCACCUACGCUAUGACCAAUUCAAUAUCUCAGCAUAACCAUCAAAUUGAAAUCGUAUGUGACUCCAUCCUGAUCUUGCCUGUUUACGACCAUAGGGUCUCCCAAGAGUUCAAGUGUAUCAAGUUGGCUCAGCCAACCUUCCUUGAAGGAAACAGGUGUGAUGAAGGUCUCCUUAAGUUCGCAUUCGGUAAGGUUGCUCUCACUAAGAAACUGGUUAAAGCUGGCUAUGAUUCUUUUUACAAGCUGGAUGUGUGGAUUGUAACUGGCGACAUUGCUCAAUAG